AUGACGAAGCUGGCCCAUCGAGUGCGGGCCUUUGCACCCAAGACCAAGAGCGGCUGCAAGACUUGUCGAUCACGCAGAAUCAAAUGUGAUGAGACGAAACCAUCCUGCAAGAAGUGCUUGACUGGUGACCGGACGUGCGAAUGGUUCGAAAGUGCAAGUCCAACGCCACCGAAGAGCUCGCCCGAAAGCAGCGACCAGAGCGAGAGACGAGUUCUUUUGCCUGCAAGGAGUGCUGUCUAUGUCCCAGAUCCUUCGUCCGCUGAUGUACAACCAUCAUCACUUGGACUUGGCUUAGAUGCGUGGGAACGUUCUGCGUUGGGAUUCUUCAUCAAUCGUACGGCUCGAGAUCUUGGGUACUCGUUCCCCACGAUCGAGUGGAUAUCACGGACUCUUCAACUGAGCCAUGAGGAGCCUGCCCUUCGUUACGCCAUGGUGGCGCUAGGUUCCAUGCAUCAAGCUCGAAGGGCGUACACCCAUACCUCGAUGUCGCCGGUGAUCGAGCCUGGACAUCUCAAGAAUGCACUAGGUGGAUACGGCAAAGCCAUGACGCAUUUACGUCGCCGGAUAGAGGACAGCUCCGUUGGCAACAGGAUCCAGACGACAAGUAUGAUACUGUUGAGUUGUCUCUUGUUCUUCUGCUUCGAACAACUGCAGGGUGAACAAGCCACAGCCUGUCUACACAUGCAAAAAGGACAGCGAAUUAUUAAAGAGAUGCUCUCCAGUCCGCACUCGACACAAAUCGAGCCUUUUCUGAAAGCAACAUACGGCCUCUUCUCCGGCUUCGAAGACCUUGACUUUACUUUGUUCCAAGGUCAAACGCUUGAUCCCACGGACAGGCGUGGCGUCGCGGAAAUAGCUGCAAGUAUGCCCGCGUACUUUUACAACUUCGAACAGGCGAAAAUAUGCCUCAAAGGACUUGAACAAGCCCGGGGAAGAUUUGUAUCAGAGCUGAUGAACCUGGCCAAUGAUGCACUGAAAACAUUGGAGGCGGUCCCAACGGAUCCAGCUGUCGUGCUGUGCCUGCAGCAUUGUGUGAGUCGAGUCGUUGAGUUGGGUGAUCGUAGAGACCUGGUCAAAGAUCUUGACGAUCUCCAGCACGGAUACGAUGCAUGGCUGUCAGCUUUCGCCAAUGCUGGGACUGGUCUUCGCGGGACACCUCACUCCUGGGCUGUGAUUCGUAUGCAAUGCCUGAUCAGCAGAUUCAGUGCUCGAAUCAUGCGAGAACCGGCGGAGAAGGUCUGCGAUCUCUAUGAGGAUGAUUUUGUCGAAGUACUGAAUUUGGCGGAACAAUGCCUGCUGGUCUACCCUUCGACUGAUGACUUUUUCGCCAGCCUAUCUGGGAUGCUGAGCAGCUCUGGCUACGGCCUUGCCCUCAGCACAGAUUUACUCCCUCACAUAGCCUUAUGCGGCUUCAAAUCUCGGCGUACAUCAACAAGAGAGCGAGCGAUUGAUAUCUUAACGGUCGCAAACAAGCACGACGGCGUUUACCAAAGCGCAAUCCUCGCACGCUUCGUCAGGCGCCCCGCACAGUGUGAACAGGGGCGUGCUAUGGAGCUGGGAUACUAUCCAGGACCGAACGGUUUCGAUGCCUCUCAAAUCCCUGAAGAAGCACGAGUAGCCGAUACGGUCUUUGCACAGGUCAAGUACCGUCCUCGAUCUAUCAACAUGAUUAGCUGUCGCUACGUCCGUAACGAAGCCGGGGAGCCUCGAUUUGAGAUCACGGAAGACAUCUGUGAUCUUUUCACUGGCGAGGAUCAGUCCAGCACGACCUACGACAUCGCGACGCCACAGUCAUGCCAGCAAGGAAUGCCACACUCGACUGCCACACUUGUUAGAAUAUCCCCAGAAUCGGGCAGUAUUGACGGCGCGAGGACCGAAAAUACUUGCCCAUCAUCGUCAGACAACAUCGAGGGUGUCUUGGUACCCCUGAUACCUCCCAAAGGGCAACCCUCUUCCUCGGCAUCCCCCUCUUCGGCCUCCUCAGCUCCAUCAGCACCCGCGAACAUCCAUCCAGUCUUCUCCUUGGGCAAGGACUCCAAAUACUCCUCUUGGAAAUCAUACCCUCCACGGGUGUCCACGGCCAACUACUCUCGGUCCCCCGGUUUGAUCGAGGACAAGAGACUGAUGAGGAUUCCCGCUGGCACGCUACCGGAUGAGUGUUCGCGCACCGAGAGCACUUUGCAGCCUGUUGUGCCGCGAACACAGAGGGCUGAGCGCGAGCUCGACAAUGCAAAAUCGCCGCUGCUAAAGCUACCAGCUGAGAUCCGUAAUGAGAUCUACGAGCUCUGCGUUCCACACGGCGAAGUCUUCGACACCGCAAGCGCGUUGACCACCCGCAUCGAAGGAGUCGAAGAAGGCACCGCUUCAUAUGUGACGCCGAUCCAAAGCCGCAACGCCUAUGAACACCACUUUGGUAUCACCCAAGCAUGUCGUCAACUACGGAAGGCGACCAUCAAGAUGUGCUACAGUGGGAAUAUCUUCAUGCUCCGCGUCGUCGAACCCCAAAACUACUCAUACAAGAGUAAUUAUCCAGAAGCCGCAGCUCAUCCAGCUGAGACCUGGCUGAAAACUCGAUCCCUCGAAGCUCGUCAGGCCCUCUCGCAGGUCAUCCUGCAAUAUAGGGGCGUAUACGACUACUAUCAAGGCAUGGACAUGGUUCUCUUCGAGCCGAGCUUGGAGAGCUACAGGCUCAUUUCAGUGGCCGAUGUGGGUAUAUUUGAAGGAUGGCAUGCUUCGGGUGAGCCCCAUCUCGCGAAUUAUCAACGAUGCUACGAGGAACAGAGGAUCGAGCACGAUUUCGAGGACGUGCUCAGGAAGGCAAAGGAGGGAGAUAUGACUGCGAGGAGACACGCUGUGCGGCGAGCGACUUCAAAACGCAAACACCAACCCCAUCGAGAGCCGCCUUCAACCAACACAGAUCUCGUCACACAUUGGGUAGCAACCACAGCAACGAUGGCGCGCAGCCCGCGCUUCAGCCAGCGACAGCAAAAACAGCGCGAAGAUUCCAAACAUUACUCGCGGCUCCUCAUACUACCUCCAGAGCUUCGCAACAGGAUUUUCGCCUUUGCCCUACCAUCAUCACAGUCCUUCAUCACCGGUUUCGAAGAUGGACGCCUCGACCUCGGGGGUGAUAUUGCCACUUUCAAGACGAUAUGCGAAGCAAGCGCCUACGAGCAAGAGUUUGGCCUCACGCAGGUCUGUCGUCAGAUCCGCAGGGAAACACUCAAGAUGGCCUACGCAGCCAACACCUUUUGGUUGGAUGCGCAUCCACGUUGCGGGAUGCCAUAUGCGGAGGCUUGGAUUCGCAGCCGACCGAAAGAAGUAUUGCCAUUCAUCACGAAAGUCGUUCUUGAGAGUCCUCGCACAUACUGCGAUUGCGCUUGUUUGUCUCGUUCGACCAAGGGGUCUUUCGACUUCGAUUCUGGACGUGUACAGACCGCCAAAGUCGGACGCGGUUUUUGUGGUGGAUGCUGGUCUGCCAUUGCGGAUCGGGUCGCCGAGGGACAUGUCAGGACGAUGGAGCGUGUCAUCAAAUAUUCGAAUGCGACGCGGAGGUUAUUUGACUUGGUCGAAGAGUUUCGUUGGCGCACGAGCCAAAACUUUGACACACUGCAGAAGAUUAUGGGAGAUUCGUAG